AUGGUUGAACUAACAGAGAUUAAGGAAGAAGGCCACCCUUUCGAGAAGGACGCUCAAGAAGUUAGACCCGGCACAACCUAUGCCGAAGCAGCUGCUGGGGAAGAGACAAGUGAUGAAGAUUCUAGUGACGACGAAUAUGAUGAAGAUGAAACCUUAUAUGAAAGAUUAUGUGCGCUUAAGGACAUUGUUGCACCAAAGCAAAGACAGGUCAUUUCUAAUGUGUUCAACACAACUGUAUCUACGUUGAAAUCUGCAUUCUCAAAUGGUGGAAAUUUAGUGUGGGCUGUAACUACUUCAGCUCUUCUCCUUGGUGUUCCACUAUCGUUGUCAAUUUUGGCCGAACAGCAAUUGAUUGAGAUGGAAAAGAGCUUCGACUUGCAAAAGGAUGCCAAUGACAUUUUGGCCCAAGGUGAGACAGCUCCAGCUCCUAGCCAAGCAUGA